UGUAGCUCACCCACCACUGUCCACGUGUUGAUGUCUCCUACUAGUUUCCUUUAACUCUAAAUUUGGACUACUCUUAUUAUAAGGACCCCCAAAUGCUUAUUCUGAGUGAAGCUCAUUUUCUUGAAAUAGAAUUCCACUAUAACUUUACCAACUUAAUGCUGAAUGGUCCAAAUGGCUCUAAAUUUGCUCUCCUCUGCAUUGGCCUUAAUGCUCUUGCUGUUUCUAGCAGAGCUUUGUUGCUACAUUGAGUCAGCUAGUGGAGUUGUUUUGGGUUCAAGAUUGUUAGCUAAAGAGAACCAAGCAUGGUUUUCUGAUAAUAAAACUUUUGCAUUUGGCUUCACACCAACAGCAAAUUCUCAUGAUCAAUAUCAAUUGUCUAUUUGGUUUGCACAACUUCCGGGGGACAGAACACUGGUUUGGUCCCCUAGCAUAAACUCUCCGGUCACCAAAGACGCGAUCUUGGAAUUCAACAACAAUGGAAAUCUCUUGUUGAUGGACAGAGGCACCACUUUAUGGGCAUCAAACACCUCAGAAGCUGGCGUUGAGACAGCUGUCAUGUCCGAAAAUGGAAACUUCAUUCUCUACUCCGACAACCUAAGUGUUGUGUGGCAGAGCUUUUCACAUCCAUCAGAUACUCUAUUACCUGGCCAACCUUUAACAGCGUCACUAGAACUAAUAUCAUCAAAAUCACCUGUCCUUGGAGGCUAUUACACGUUAAAAAUGUUGCAGCAGCAUACUUCACUUAACCUUGGAUUGACCUACAAUGUGCCUGAGUCCUUAGAUAUGUCACCUGAAUUAUACAGCAAUUAUUCUUAUUGGUCUGGACCUGAUAUAUCGAACGUGACAGGAGAUGUUGUUGCGGUUUUGGAUAAAGCUGGAAGCUUUGGUAUUGUUUAUGGCUCGUCAUCGGAUGGAGCAGUUUAUGUGUACAAAAAUGAUGGUGAUUAUGGAGGGUUAUUCUCUUCUGUAAAUCAAUCUAAUUGGAAUAGACCAUCUGUUUUAAGACGGUUAAUUCUCGAGGCUAAUGGAAAUCUACGUUUGUAUCGAUGGGAUAACGAUGUGAACGGAUCGAGGCAAUGGGUUGCAGAGUGGGCAGCUCUAUCAAAUCCAUGUGGCAUUGCUGGAAUUUGUGGCAAUGGGAUAUGUAGUUUAGACAGAAGUAAAACGAACGCUUCUUGCACGUGUUUGCCAGGUAGUUCUAAAGUGGGAAAUGAUGUUUAUUCGUGUUCUGGAAAUUCUUUAUUGACAGGAAAAUGUGGACCUCAUCAUGAAAACUUAACUUCCCAGUUCAAGAUUUCUACGGUUCAACAGACGAAUUACUAUUUUUCAGGAUCAUCGGUCAUAGCAAAUUAUAGUGAUAUAGAGUCGGUGUCCAAAUGUGGGAAUGCUUGCUUAUCGAAUUGUGAUUGUGUUGCUUCUGUUUACGGUCUUAAUGAGGAACAGCCUUAUUGUUGGGUCCUAAAAAGUUUGGAAUUUGGUGGAUUCGAGGAUCCUGGCUCAACUUUAUUCGUCAAGGUAGAGGCAAACGGCUCAGCUGGAGUGAGUGGUGACAAAGAAAGUGGGGAUUCAUCAGAUGAAUCGCAGAGUACACACGAUAAGGUUUUGAUACUUCCUAUAGUCCUAAGCAUGACUGUUCUGAUCGUGCUGCUCGGCUGUCUGUUGUAUAUCAAUAUCCAUAGGAAAAGAUCCUUAAAAAGAGCCCUUGAUGGCUCUUUGAUCUUAUCAGGAGCUCCAAUUAGUUUCACCUUUCGCGACUUGCAACACCGAACUAACAAUUUUUCCCAGUUACUUGGAACAGGUGGAUUUGGCAGUGUAUACAAGGGAAGCCUAGGAGAUGGAACAUUGAUAGCAGUAAAAAAGCUUGAUAAAGUUUUGCCUCAUGGGGAGAGGGAAUUUAUAACAGAGGUCAAUACCAUUGGCUCUAUGCAUCAUAUGAACUUGGUUCGUCUAUGCGGAUACUGUUCUGAAGGAACCCGGAGCAGGCUACUAGUGUAUGAGUUUAUGAAAAAUGGCUCAUUGGACAAGUGGAUAUUUCAUUCAUAUAAUAACAGAGAUAGACUACUAAUUUGGCCUACACGUUUUCGUGUAGCCAUUGGUACUGCACAAGGGAUAGCCUAUUUUCAUGAGCAAUGCAGGAACAGGAUCAUACACUGUGAUAUCAAGCCAGAGAACAUACUUAUAGAUGAGGAAUUUUGUCCUAAAGUUUCUGAUUUUGGACUAGCUAAAUUGAUGGGGAGAGAGCACUCUCACGUUGUCACGAUGGUCCGAGGAACCAGAGGUUAUUUAGCCCCCGAGUGGGUCAGCAACCGGCCAAUAACUGUAAAAGCUGAUGUUUACAGCUAUGGGAUGCUGCUACUAGAAAUCAUUGGUGGCCGGAGAAAUUUUGAUAUGACUUGUGAUGCUGAGGACUUCUUUUACCCUGGAUGGGCUUACAAGGAAAUGACAGAAGGAACACCAGAAAAGGUUGUGGAUAGACGACUAGAAGGAGCAAUUGAAAAAGAAGAGCUAAUGAGAGCUUUGAUGGUAGCUUUUUGGUGUAUUCAGGACGAGGUUUCAACGAGGCCUACAAUGGGGGAAGUGGUGAAGAUGUUGGAAGGAUCAGUUGACAUUAAUAUGCCCCCAAUGCCACAAACAGUUUUGGAGCUAAUUGAAGAGGGCUUAGAUCAUGUAUACAGGUCUAUGAAAAGGGAGCUCAAUCAAUUCAGUUCCUUCACUGUUACUACUGAUCCAUCAUCUAAUGCUACUUGCAGUUACUCCACUAUGUCACCUAGAUAGUUCAAAGGUGGAAUGGGUCAGUAGGAAUUUUUGGUAGGAUUAUGCAACUGUAAACCCAUUGAUGCUUCAAAUAACAUUCAAGAGCCGGCAAAAAUUGGAUUACCCUAGUGUAUUCUCUUUCCUUUUGCUGUGUCUCACUAGGAUUGAGCCAUUAAUUUGUGUAUUUCAAAUAAAACAUACUUAUAUAGAGACCUUUCAUAGAGGUUUGAAUAAUCAGUUUUGGGUGCAUUUUCUUACCAAACAUGGAAAACAGAAUAUAGUUCUCUUAAAUUUUUAUAGUAUUCGAUGCUCUGAACUUUUGAUUUGGU